CAACAUUCCAAGGAAUUUAAAUUCAUCUGUUGGAACUACAAGUCCAUCAGCCUCAUUGAGAGGGGAAACCCGUCCAGGAGCCUGGAGAACGUGUGCCGCUGGGCCUGCCAGCAGCAGAGGUCCGAUCUCAACCACUCUGAGCAUCACGAUCACGCAAUCUUCUUAACCAGGCAAGACUUUGGACCUGCUGGAAUGCAAGGGUACGCGCCAGUCACGGGCAUGUGUCACCCUGUAAGAAGCUGCACCCUGAAUCACGAGGACGGCUUUUCAUCUGCUUUUGUAGUAGCCCACGAAACUGGCCAUGUGUUGGGGAUGGAGCACGACGGCCAAGGGAACAGGUGCGGCGACGAGACGGCCAUGGGCAGCGUCAUGGCCCCCUUGGUGCAGGCAGCUUUCCACCGGUACCACUGGUCCCGAUGCAGUGGCCAAGAGCUGAGAAGAUACAUCCAUUCCUAUGACUGUCUCCUUGAUGACCCUUUCGAACACGAUUGGCCCAAACUCCCCGAACUUCCUGGAAUCAAUUAUUCAAUGGACGAGCAAUGCCGUUUUGAUUUUGGCGUUGGUUAUAAAAUGUGCACUGCGUUCCGAACCUUCGACCCGUGCAAACAGCUCUGGUGCAGCCACCCUGAUAACCCCUACUUCUGCAAGACCAAGAAGGGGCCCCCGCUCGAUGGGACCGAGUGUGCUGCUGGGAAGUGGUGCUACAAGGGCCACUGCAUGUGGAAGAGCGCCAGUCAGCAGAGGCAGGAUGGCAGCUGGGGGUCCUGGACCAAGUUUGGCUCUUGCUCACGGACUUGUGGGACUGGUGUUCGCUUCAGAACCCGCCAGUGCAAUAAUCCCAUGCCCAUCAACGGUGGUCAGGAUUGUCCUGGUGUCAACUUUGAGUACCAGCUCUGCAAUACGGAAGAAUGCCAAAAGCACUUUGAGGACUUCCGAGCGCAGCAGUGCCAGCAGAGAAACUCGCACUUUGAAUACCAGAAUAGCAGACACCACUGGAUGCCCUACGAGCAUGGCGACUCCAAGAAAAGAUGCCAUCUUUACUGUCAGUCCAAGGAGACUGGAGACGUGGUGUACAUGAAGCAGCUGGCACACGACGGGACGCGCUGCUCCUACAAAGACCCCUACAGCAUCUGCGUGCGAGGGGAGUGCGUGAAAGUGGGCUGUGACAAAGAAAUUGGUUCUAACAAGGUUGAGGAUAAGUGUGGAGUCUGUGGAGGAGAUAAUUCCCACUGUCGAACCGUGAAGGGGACAUUUACUAGAACUCCCAGGAAGCUCGGGUACCUUAAGAUGUUUGAUGUACCCCCCGGGGCUAGACAUGUGUUGAUCCAAGAAGACGAGGCCUCCCCUCAUGUUCUUGCUAUCAAGAACCAGGCGACAGGCCACUAUAUUUUAAACGGUAAAGGGGAGGAGGCCAAGUCCAGGACCUUCAUAGACCUCGGUGUGGAGUGGGAUUACAACAUCGAAGACGGCAUUGAGACCCUGCACACCGAUGGACCCUUGCACGACCCUGUGAUUGUUUUGAUUAUACCUCAGGAGAAUGAUACCCGCUCCAGCCUGACGUACAAGUACAUCAUCCACGAGGACUCGGUUCCCACCAUCAACAGCAACAACGUCAUCCAGGAGGAGUUAGACACUUUUGAGUGGGCUUUGAAGAGCUGGUCUCAAUGUUCCAAGCCCUGUGGUGGAGGUUUCCAGUACACUAAGUAUGGUUGCCGUAGGAAAAGUGAUAAUAAAAUGGUCCACCGCAGCUUCUGUGAGAGAAUAAACAUCAUGUCUUCAUCUGAAUUGGAAAAGGGCUGGGUGGCGGAGGCGUGGGAACACUGCACCCGGACCUGCGGGGCCUCGGGCUCGCAGCUGCGCACCGUGCGCUGCCUGCAGCCGCUGCACAACGGCAGCAGCCGCUCCGUGCCGGCCAAGCACUGCGCCGGAGACCGCCCCGAGAGCCGCCGGGCCUGCAACCGCGUGCCCUGCCCGGGGCACUGGAAGACCGGGCCCUGGAGCGAGUGCUCAGUGACCUGUGGUGAAGGAACGGAGGUGAGGCAGGUCCUGUGCAGGGCUGGAGACCAGUGUGAUGGGGAGAGGCCGGAGUCAGCCCGAGCCUGCCAGCUGCCUCCCUGUAACGAUGAGCCGUGUUUGGGAGACAAGUCCAUAUUCUGCCAGAUGGAGGUGCUGGCACGGUACUGCUCCAUCCCAGGGUACAACAGGCUGUGCUGUGAGUCCUGCAGCAGGCGCGGCAGCACCCUGCCACCACCCUACCUUCUAGAAGCUGCUGAAAUGCAGGAUGACAUUGUCUCUAACCCUAGUGACCUCCCUGGGUCUCCAGCCAUGCUGGCCUCUUUGGUUCCUUCUCAUCCAGAGACCCCUGCAGAGAAGAAAUCUCUGAGUGGGGUCUCCAUGGGGGGCUCAGGCGCAUCUGCUGCCUUCAGGCCACACAGUGAACCCCACCCGGCUAACUUGCCCCCCAGGGGGGCUCAGCAGGUAGGAAGGACUGUGAGGCUGGUCUCAGGUCCAUCCUCCCCACCCAACCGGAGUGGCCACUUCCACUCAGCUCCGCAGACGGCUACUGCCGCCAUCCUCGCGGUCAGUGACUCAGUAGGUGCUUCUCAGGCUGGAACCUCAAAGAAAGAUGAAAAGAUGGUUGACAAGAGACAUCCAGUAAGAUCAUCUGCCUCGGCAAGAUGAGGACGUGGACCCCAAAGUCUGGAAUUCAGAGGAGAACCAGGACAACCUCCCUCUCCCCAUGGUGCAUACGCUUGUUUAAAGUGGAAAUCUCUGGAGUCAUCAACUCCCACGUGUCUGUAAGUGGAAAAACAAAAGUGCUGGUUCACUUCUAGCUGCUUUCAUCCUCCACGGUUCUGCAUCCACGGUUUACCAGAAUUCAUUGGAAGAAAGCGCCAAAGGCUCUGAACAGGAGAAAAACAAGUUGCGGAGUGUGUUGGUUACUCUCUGAGACAGAAAAGGGACGGGAACCGAUUGUGCAUAUCAGCUGAGUUUUUGUUGUUUUAAAAAAGGUAUGGUAAAAAUUAAAAAAGAGAUACCAAUGGUUUACAUUUUAACAAGAAAUAAUGGAAAUGGAGCAAAAAAUUCUUAGACUUGUAUUCCUAUUUAUCUACAUUAGAAAUAUUGUAUGAGCAAAUUUGCAGCUGUUGUGUAAAUACUGUAUAUUGCAGAAAUCAGUAUUAUUUUGAGAGCUGUUCUCAGAUGAUUGUUUACUAUGUCACAUUUCUGGAUGUUCCUGGUGCCUGCCGUUAAGUGUUGCCUUAUUUGACAUCCUGUAGGUUGACUUUCAAAGCAAAAUGUUACAAAAGAGAAGUUAGAAUUACAGCUACUGACAUGACAGAGGGUUUUGCUGUAUGGUUUUGCGGAAUCAACAAUGUGAUCCCUAAAUUAUAGAUGGAACAAAACAGAGCAGCUGCCGACACACAGAUCCCAGCCCCCCUGCUGCCUUCUGCCCUCACAGCUAAAAGGAGCAGGGUGGAUGUCCUAGCGUGCUUCACUGACAGGGAACCAGGCCCGUAAUGAGCCUGUGCCGGACAAAACCAAAGGCCUUUCCCAGGCCCUCAAGAGAUGCCAGGGAGGUGCCCUGCGCUCUCGUGGUGGUGCUGUUGUUACCAUUUUCAUUUUCCGUUGUCGGUGAAUACAAGCAGUUUCACUGAAUGUACUGUAAUAAUCAUGAAGAAAAAUGUUCUGGGAUGACUUGUUCGUUUGUUCGUAGCUGAGAAAAACAUUAUCAAUCCAGAACUGACAUUUGAGUAUAAUAGGGCUUUGGGGCUUUGGAGAUAGGAUCGAGUAAGCAUUUGUCAAUGGUUGAGAUAUUUAUUUUCUACAUGGUUCAUAUUCAAAUGUUUGCAACCACAAUGCAUCUGACUGCAAUAAUGUGCUAGUAAUUUAUAUCCGUGGCCGCCUUGCUCACAGCAAAGCCAGAAAUGCUCUCUCCAGGGAGUCGAUGUAAAGUACUUGUAUAUAGAAUUCAGAACCGAAGAUAUUUAUUAAAAGUUGAAUUUUUUUCCUUGAUAGUAUUUUUAUGUACUAAAUAUUUACACUACUAUCAAUGACAUAUUUUGGGAAACUAGAGAGAUAUAAUUAUAUGUGUGUACUUUGUUCUGUGAUAGAAGAGAUCUUUAAGCAAACUUCCUUAGCCAGCUCAAAGAGCUAAAACUGAACAAAUUUUGACAUUAUUAAAACCUUUUGCAUUUUUAAAGUGUUGAUAUUAAGCUGAUGACUUGUUCCCCUUCAAGGAAAUGUAAACUUUGUAUGGGCUCAGCUGGCUGUUUAAUGAAACAGUGAGUUAGAAACAUUUUUAAAAGUAUGUAAAAGAGAUAAAGGUUUUAUGAAUUAUACUUAGAAAAGAAAGAUAAGCAUUAUCAGCAUAAUGUUUUUGAGGUCAGUACUCGAGCUGUCUAAAAAUGUAUUAUGCAAACUAAAAUGUAGAUGUGUUAACCUCUCCAAGCACAGAAUACACAAGACAUUUUGCAUUUUGACCAUUGUAAACUAACAGCAUUUAACUCAUUGGCCUCAUACCUCUAAAAGCAUCAGUGCUACUUUGUGCAAGAAUUUUGAAGAUCAAGUGAAUUAGGUUAAUUCAAGAUAGUAAAGCAAUCCCUGAGCCUCAAGUAAUAGUCUUUUUUCCCCUAACAACUUCCCUAGAAUAAAAUUCUCUCUAGUUUACUUGCGUGCGCAUAUGUCUGGUCUACAGGGAAACAGAAGAACGGUCACACACACACACCUCCGGUAAUGACAUCUGUGUUCAUUAUCCUUCUGACCUUUGAGCUCUCUUUUCUACAAAGCUAAAAAUUCCUUUUUAUUGAAGUGUACACUACU